AUGGCUCCAACACCAGUAUACACGCCGCCAUCAGGCCUUCGAACGAAUCUUGAGGACUUUGCCGACUUCAUCAAACAGCAGCACAAUGUCAAGAUAGACAGCUAUGCAGACCUUCACCGAUACUCAGUCACUCGGAUGAAUGACUUCUGGAUGUCAUUCUGGAAGUUCACAGGCAUUAAAGCUUCGAGACAGCCAUCUAAGAUAUAUGAGUCGCUACGUAUCGAUCAAUUCCCGAAGUUCUUUGAAGAUGCCAGACUUAAUUACGCAGAAAACGCCCUGUGUGGAGCACGAAGCGAUGCUGAUCUGGCAAUCAUCAGCAUCAACGAAGAAACAUUGCAGUCGCCCGAGAAGUACACUUGGAAGGACAUGAAGGAUAUGACAGCAAAGUAUGCCGAAGCGAUGAUGGCGGCUGGUUUGUCGCUAGGCGACUAUGUUGUAUCCAUUGGCAGCAACAGUGCAAGGUCUCUCGGUAUUUUACUGGCAGCCGCGUCCAUCGGAGCAGUCAUCGCGAACUUUGCCACUGACAUUGGCGAGCAAGCCCUGAAUGAUCGCCUUGAUCAAAUCCAGCCGAAGCUCAUCAUUGCUCAAACAACUUACUCAUACAAUGGCAAGCAGAACAGUAUUCAAGAAAAGAUCUCGAAAUGCGCAUCUGCCAUCUCCAGGAAGAAGCAAUGCCAGCUAGUGACGAUCGGGCCUGAUGAGAAAGUUUCUCACGAUCACAGAACAUGGCAGGACUUCCUCAGCCAAGCUAAAGGUGCACCUCUCCUGUUCGAGCAAGUACCAUUCUCGACUCCUUUCGUAGUCAUGUUCUCUUCUGGCACCACAGGUCCACCGAAGGGCAUCGUGCAUGGUCACGGCGGUCUCAUCUGCCAAGGUACAAAGCAGCAUGUGCUCCACCAUGGUUCCGGUCCAGAUGAUGUACACAUCCACUUCUCAGGCAUCGGCUGGACUCUAUGGAACAUAUCUCUCGGUGCGCUCUUCGCCAAAACAACCAUGAUUCUCUACGACGGCAGUCCGUUCUAUCCCUCUCCGGAAAAGCUCUUACAAGUAGUCUUGGAAGAACAUGGCGUAACAGGGUUUGGAGCCGGUCCUCGAUAUUACGCUGAAUUGCAAAAGGCGGGCGUCAAGCCUAAGCAGUUCGCCAGACGACUUCACUCGAUUUACUCCACUGGAGCAGUCUUGACCUCCUCACUUGCAGCUUUCGGUCCCGUGUGUCAGAUCCAAUUCUCUGGUGGUACGGAACUUUGCGGCAAUUUCGUGAUUGGUCAACGUACAAUGCCUGCGUAUCCUGGCGAAUGUGCUGUCAAGGAGCUAGGCAUGGAUAUUGAUGUCUUCACAGAAGACGGCAAACCCGCUCCAGAAGGCGAGAGAGGCGAACUAGUGUGUAAGAAACCAUUCCCGAACAUCCCAGUCAUGUUUCUCCAGGAUCCUGAAAAGAAGAGGUAUCACGCUGCGUAUUUUGAAGGCUUUGAAGGUGUCUGGACACACGGCGACUUCGUAAGGAUCAGUCCUGAGACGAAGGGAAUCUAUGUACUGGGCAGAAGCGAUGGUGUCCUCAAUCCUUCUGGUAUCCGCUUCGGUAGUGCAGAAAUGUACACCGUACUCGAAUCUCCUUCAAUCAAGAAGCACGUCAUCGACGCUCUCGUAGUUGGGCAACAGCGCUCAGACUCCAAAUUCUCAGACUCUACAGAACGAGUCCUGCUUUUCGUCAAACCCACCCAAUCUUCAGCCUCUGGAACCCUCACUCCGAAACCCAAGGUCGCCGAUGCUAUCAAAGCCAAAGUCAUUGAAGAUCUGAGUCGAAGACACGUCCCACAUUUCAUCUUCGAAGUCGACGAGAUUCCCUACAAUGUGAACGGCAAGAAACUUGAGACCAUGGUUAAGAAAAUCGUAAAUGGCGGAGAGGAAGUGCUGAAAAACUUGAAGAUGACAGAUGAUGAGGCUCGAAUGAUGAGGAGUUUUGUAAAGUUCUACGAUGUUGAUCGUGUAGGAAAGGAGAAGGCAAAAUUGUGA